AUGCCCGAAACUAAGAUACUCGAUCCUUGCUUCGUUAUGAGUGUUUUACAAGACCUUAACCGGCCGACAUUGAUUUCAGUCCCUUCAUUUCUGGGCCAAACCACCGUCGAGAACGUAAAUCAUGGUCUGUAUAGCUUGCUUCUUACCCAGAGGACAGCACAAGUAACAGCUUUGGUGAAACCAGAACUUGGUAUUCACCUGAGUACAUCGUCUCUGGACAUUGGAAGAAAGCCCGGGAUGCAUUGGGAGGAAUCGUUGGAUGAGGAAUCUGUAGCCUGGAAGUGGUUGCAAAAAAAUUUCCCCAAGGUCACACUCUCCGCCCUCACUGAGACCGGUCAAACAGAAUCAACCAUUCUGGUGCCGAUGCAACGCUCAUACACUGGUAUCAAGCCUAUCAUACGAUCUGCUCUCGCCAACACCCCCUGCGCCGACCUCGGUGUGAAUGGGGUCUUGAAGGAGCUCAAUGCAACACUCCUCACAUCAUAUACUCUCCACAACCCCACCUUGUCAUCCAUUCUCGAAUCCUUCAUCAGACAAGAUUAUGACUUUGGCACUCUCUAUGCUAAUUUGCGUCCAUAUUGGUAUGACCUGAAUCACUUUACUAGUGUCAAACGCAUCCACCGAUCAUGGAACAAGGAUCGGGAAAUGCGACAGAAUAUAGUCACCAAUGACAGGAUCUCUAACGGAAACAUUGUACCCCGGCGUGUCUGGGAUCUGUUUGCUAAUCGUGUGGUACCAUUCUGGGUUGCCAGGAAAUGCUGGUGGGUGAUAUCACAUGCUUGGAUGUCUGACAAGGACCGCAUCGAUGUGUGGACGCCUAUCAAUGGCUAUGAAUGGCCUGUGCCAAUUCCCAAAGAUGCGGACCUCAAUCUCAUCUGGAUAGAGAUGUUAAACAUGGGAGCAGAAUAUGUGUGGUUGGAUGUUUUGUGUUUGAGGCAAGCAGGUGGGCAGAGGGAGGAUCUACGCAGAGAAGAGUGGAAGGUUGACGUUCCCACCAUUGGAGCUAUCUAUCGCAAUGGCAACAGGAAGGUGGUGUAUUACCUCAGCGGUCUGGGUCGGCCAUUUUGCUUGAAGCCAGGGGACUUGGAAAGCGAUCAGUGUUGGUUCAGGCGUGCAUGGACGCUUCAGGAAGUCAGCCAUAAUUUUAUCAUCGGUGGGGACAUGAGCAAUGGGAGCAUUUUCUACAUCCUGUCGCAGAUGCGGAAUCAUGUAUCAACAAAGCCUCUGGAUAAGGUAGCAGGCCUGGCAUAUCUCCUCCGUCGAAAGUCUAUCCCAAUAUACAAUGAGUCACAAUCAGAAGAGGAUGCCUGGGUAGCACUUACAGAGGUGAUGUGUGAGCGGUACCGCAUGGAGUUGCUCUUUUUAUACCCUGAGCCUGGGAAUGGACGCAGAUGUUGGCAACCAUCAUGGAACCAGGUAAUGGCAAUGGUAAUUGUACCAGAGACUAGGAUUCGUCUCUGGAAAGCGGAACUUCGGACUGACGAGACAGGUGUUGACUCAUAUGAGGGUGCCUGUAUCAAGUCAGGUCAUCUGCAAGGAUUAGGUGAUGCAUCAUACAAUGGGAUACCUCGACAGGGCGAGUUGGUGGUUAAAGAUCGAAUCGGGGUACCCCGUAUACUCAAGAUCGUCACUGAUCACACAUACCUGAUCCCUGAUGGCUUGUAUACUUUUAUCAGUGAUAGUUAUCAUUCCCGUGAUUACUAUGAACCAUCAUUACAUUGGGUGGUUGGGCAGCAACGACAGGAUGGGAAGUUUGAAAAAGUGUUGGUAAUCAAACUUCCAGAUCUUGACAAAGAUUGGAAGCUUUGUCCCCUUGGUGAUGCACAAGUCCAUGCCAAAAUGGUUCUUUGCUGA